AAUCUCUAGUGUCUUCUGAUUCCACCAUUAUUGGGGAAAGAAAUUGAGCAGAAAAGUAGUGUUUAUUCAACAAGAUAAUUAAAGAGUUUUUUUCUUCUUCUAGUAUCAUAUCUCAUCCAAACACUUGGCCUGAUUUAUUUUUCUUUUAAAGUUCUUUGGUUGUCGUUCUUAAACUUUCGGUAUCUUUAAGGUAGAUCAUCAUCAAGCUUUCAUUUUUAAGAUCUGGGUUCCGACAAAGAUUCUAUUUUUAUAUCUACCCAUCUUACAUUUCCCCCAUUAUCGGAUCUUGUUCGAAUUAUUACAGCUUUAGAUUUGGCAUCUGCUUAGAGCUGCUAAAAAAUCAGGAGACUUCCUUAGUUUCGUGUCGUACGUGCCGGGUUCUGCUCUAUGUAAAAAAAAAAACAGAAGAUUCAAACAUUAAUUUCGAGCUUUUCAAUGGGGGAGACACAGAACCUUCACUUGCCUCUGAGAAACCGUUCUUCUCUAAAGAAGCCCUUAUUGAUUGUUCUAUUGAUCUGCAUCACAAGCGUUCUCUUGGUCUGCACUUACAUGUACCCACAACACAACGUUAAGAGCCCUGCUUGUGAGGGUUUGUCUAGCAGUGGCUGCAGAGCUGCGCUCUCGGGGUGGCUUGAUGUUCACGUCAGGAAACACACAGACGAAGAAGUCGCAGCUCGAGUUGUGAUCAGAGACGUUCUCAGAAUGCCUCCUGCUCUGACCUCUAAGUCGAAGAUAGCUUUCAUGUUCUUGUCUCCUGGUACUUUGCCGUUUGAGAAGCUCUGGGAUCAGUUUUUCCAGGGUCAAGAAGGGAGAUUCUCAAUUUAUAUCCAUCCAUCAAGGCUAAGACCAGUCCACAUCAGCCGUCAUUUUUCAGACCGUGAGAUUCAUAGUGAUCAUGUCACUUGGGGAAGGAUCUCUAUGGUUGAUGCUGAGAGAAGGCUUCUAGCAAACGCUCUUGAAGAUCCUGAUAACCAACACUUUGUUCUUCUCUCAGAGAGCUGCAUACCGUUGCAUACUUUUGACUACACCUAUAGAUAUUUGAUCCACGGAAAUGUCAGCUUCAUUGACAAUUUUGAGGAUCCUGGUCCUCAUGGGACCGGUAGACACAUGGAUCACAUGUUACCUGAAAUCCCUAGGCAAGAUUUCAGAAAGGGUGCUCAGUGGUUCACAAUGAAGCGUCAACACGCUUUGAUAGUGAUGGCUGAUAAUCUCUACUACUCAAAAUUCCGCCAAUAUUGCAGACCUGGGGUAGAAGCAAAUAAGAACUGCAUUGCGGAUGAACAUUACCUGCCUACAUUCUUCCAUAUGCUUGAUCCAGGAGGAAUAUCGAACUGGUCAGUCACGUAUGUUGAUUGGUCUGAGCGUAAAUGGCAUCCAAAGACAUACAGAGCCCGCGAUGUCUCACUCAACUUCUUGAAAAAUAUCACGUCCGACGACAUGAGCGUACACGUAACAAGCAUUGGCAAGCGUGGAGAUGAGCUGCAUUGGCCUUGUACAUGGAACGGAAUUAGACGUCCUUGUUACUUAUUCGCAAGGAAGUUCCACUCAGAUUCUGUUAAGAAACUGGUCAGACUCUUUCCAAACUACACGAGCACAGUGGUCUGAGAGAGAGAGAGAGAGAGAGAUAUAGAGGCAGACACAAAUUCUUGAAACCGGUACAAAACACUUCUAGAUUGUCUUGAGACUGGAUUGGAUUGAUUCACAGAUUACUUGUGAAGGGUUACUGUCUAUUUAAUGGGACAAGUUUACUCUGCUUUUUAAGCUGUAGUAGUAGUAUAAGAAAGAAGUUAGAAGCAGAGAAUUUUGGUUAUUGUGAUUGUAGCCAUGUUUUGGUUAGAGUGAAUCGGUUUAUGAUGUUGUAAUUUGAGAUGUUAGUAGUUUUAGCACAAGGAGUUGACAACUUUUAUUAUAGGUUCUGC